GGCAGCUGGCACUGGGACCCCCAUGGAUCCCCUCAACCUCUCGUGGUACGACGGGGACAGGAACUGGAGCAGGGCCCUGAACGCGUCGGACGCGGCGCAGAAGCCGCACUACAACUACUACGCCGUGCUGCUCGCCAUCCUCAUCUUCAUCAUCGUCUUUGGCAACGUCCUGGUGUGCAUGGCAGUGUCCAGGGAGAGAGCCCUGCAGACCACCACCAACUACCUGAUCGUCAGCCUGGCCGUGGCUGACCUGCUGGUGGCCACGCUCUGCAUGCCCUGGGUGGUUUACCUGGAGGUGGUUGGGGAGUGGCGGUUCAGUCGCAUCCACUGCGAUAUCUUUGUCACCCUGGACGUCAUGAUGUGCACUGCCAGCAUCCUCAACCUCUGUGCCAUCAGCAUCGACAGGUACACGGCUGUGGCCAUGCCCAUGCUCUACAACACCCGCUACAGCUCCAAGCGCAGGGUCACCGUCAUGAUCGCCGUGGUCUGGGUGCUCUCCUUUGCCAUCUCCUGCCCGCUCCUCUUCGGCCUCAACAACACAGAUGAGAAGGAGUGCAUCAUUGGCAACCCUGCCUUCGUGGUGUACUCCUCCAUCGUGUCCUUCUACGUGCCCUUCAUCGUCACGCUGCUGGUGUACGUGCAGAUCUACAUCGUGCUGCGGCGGCGCAGGAAGCGUGUCAGCACCAAGCGCAGCAGCCACGUGCUGGACUCGGACACGCAGGCACCCCUGAAGGACAAAUGCACUCAUCCAGAAGACGUCAAGCUCUGCACAGUUAUUGUGAAGUCCAAUGGGAGCUUCCAAGUUAAUAAGCGCAAAGUGGAGGCAGAAAGUCACAUAGAAGAGAUGGAAAUGGAGAUGGUGUCCAGUACCAGUCCCCCUGAGAAAACGGCCCUCAAACCCACAGCACCAAGUAACCACCAGUUGAUUGUGCCAGUUGCUUCUAAUCGGGGCAACAACUCUACCCUGCAGGCACCCCUGAGCAGCCCCGGGAAGGUGGAGAAGAAUGGCCAUGCCAAAGAAUCCCACCACACAGCCAGGGUCUUCGAGAUCCACUCCCUGCCCAACGGCAAGACGAGGAACUUGCUCAAGGCCGUGAUCAGGAGGAAAAUGUCCCAGCAGAAGGAGAAGAAAGCCACCCAGAUGCUGGCCAUCGUGCUCGGUGUUUUCAUCAUCUGCUGGCUCCCCUUCUUCAUCACUCACAUCCUGAACAUGCACUGCGACUGCAACAUCCCGCCGGCCAUGUACAGUGCCUUCACGUGGCUGGGCUAUGUCAACAGCGCUGUCAACCCGAUUAUCUACACCACCUUCAACAUCGAGUUUCGCAAGGCUUUCAUGAAGAUCCUCCACUGCUAAAAGUCACAAACAGCACCCGCAUUUUUUUAGGAACGGAGGGGGAAGAGGAAGCGAUGCCAUCCAUGCACAGCGGGGCAGCCGGGGAGGGGGCUGGAGCUCUUGGGUUGGCACCACCCAGUGCCCAAGCGCCUCGUGGGGAUGGAACGAGGUGGGAGGGUCUCUCACCCCGCUGGGUGACCUCUGGACCAGUCCCAAGGGCGCUUUUCAGAGCCGCCCUCACACCGUGUUGGAAGUGGAAGCGCGAGAAUCGAGGCGCUCUCGCUGGGUUCUCGCCCGUGGCCACCCGGCCUGGAGCGCACUGGACACUGAGUGGCCAUGGGGCCACCAGGAGGUAGCGCUGGGUCAUGGGCACAACUCUCACCAAAGACAAGGCCACCCUUCCUGGGCAGCAGGAGCCAGACAGGGCCCGUGGAAGCUCUGUGCAAUAGCUUUGCCUUCGCCUCGCGCUGACUCACCCGGGGGUUCACUGCUGGAGCCUUCACAGAUGAAAUAAAAACCAACCCAAAAACUUUCAGAGGUCCCCAGGCGGGUUGGGAAGGUUCUGCCACCCACAGACCCUGCAGCAGUGUG